AUGAGAGAUCCAGUUGUACAGGGGGGUAUGGCAUUCCAACCGUUUUUACCAAACACUGCUUCGGAUAUCACAAUCGACACAAUGCUGGCCCGACAACCUCCGUUUUCCCCUGUCAUUGCACUAACUUCCCACAGGUCUCUUCCCUUGCCUGUUGCGCAAAGGCACCCCACGCUGGAUCUAGGCAAUGCCGAAACGAUCUUCCGCUUAUCCUCGCUGGAACACCAUGCUGCCACCCAAUCUGCCAAACUCAGGCCUCCUAAAACGGGGGGGACAGAGGAUGCCACCGAGGAUGAUCCAAAAGUUAACUUGGAGGCGAGGGAACUUUGGACACAAUUCCACAAAUUCGGCACUGAAAUGGUCAUAACAAAAUCAGGAAGGCGCAUGUUUCCAGCGUUCAAAGCAAGAUGUACUGGCUUGAACAAAAUGGCAAAAUAUAUUUUGCUGAUGGAUAUUGUGGCGGCCGACGAGUGCAGGUACACGUUUCACAACUCACAUUGGAUGGUAGCAGGAAAGGCAGAUCCUGAAAUGCCAAAGAGGAUGUACAUACACCCAGACAGUCCCGCUUCUGGCGAGCAAUGGAUGUCAAAAGUGGUCAAUUUUCACAAACUAAAAUUGACAAACAACAUCUUGGACAAGCACGGGUUUACGAUUCUUAACUCAAUGCACAAAUACCAGGUUAGGUUUCACGUUGUGAGGGCCAACGAUAUCCUCCAACUGCCAUAUAGCACGUUCAUGACCUAUGUCUUUUCUGAGACAGAAUUCAUCGCUGUAACUGCAUAUCAAAACGAUAAGAUUACACAACUGAAAAUUGAUAACAAUCCUUUCGCCAAAGGAUUCCGUGACACUGGCAAUGGGAGAAGAGAAAAAAGGAAACAACUGAAGAUUAAUUCACAAAAAUCCAAUGAGACGCGAAUGCAAGAAGACAAUGAAAUCUCUUGUAACUCUUUGGAUGAGGCUCCACUGAAAAGCGCAGGAAACUCAAAAUCAUCCGAUGUCUCCGAAAGUGCAAGCGAAAGCAGUCAAGAAAGCAAGGAUGGGUAUUACGUUGGACAAGACUUGCGAAAAAUCUCAACUGCCACAGAGAAACUGAAACCUGGUCCAAAUAUUAUCACAGCGCACUGCAAAACGGACAGGGCUUUAGUGGACUCAUUCGGUGUCGAAACAGACCCAGAUAAUCCAAAACAGGACCAUAUAAAUGCCAUAACUGGCAGUAGGACACGUUGCUUUAGAGCAGAGGAGCCGAAUGCAACGGAGUCAUUCCAGCCUCUAACGGUGGAAACGGACCAAAGAGCUCACAUCACAGGCCUCGAAUGCAGUAAUUUUCUUCACUGCUAUUCUUAUCCACCGGAUUUAACAAGAUAUAUCAUCAACCCUUUGGGUGUCGCACACCGUCUCCUACACCCCGCUGCCCAAGUCAACAUGCAGGGGAGAACUUUCUCCAGUGUAGCAGCCAUGGGUCACAGGCUGGCAGCUGUGUCAUCUGGCGGAGUGUGCGCCAUGGGCACGGCUGGUAUCCUGGCAUCUUCUUUACAAAGAGUGUCAGGAACGUCAGGAUUACCCGUGAACUUUCAGCAGCAUGCUAUGGCAUCACAGGGCCUCACCGUUUCUCCAAUUGGUGGUAUUUUUCCAUACCCCUACUCCUAUUUGGCAGCAGCGGCUCCUCAGUCCACCACAGCAUCGACCCCAGUGCGCCUUCGAACCCGGUUCAGACCCUACUCCAAUUCCCAAUAGCGUACCAGACAACUGUUCGACACCACUGAAAUAUAUUCAUUUUAUGACUGAUAGAGACGUGAAUUGUUACAUUUUUGGAAAGGGUCCGAUUGCUGCCAGAUUGGACUGUAGGCCUACAUCAGUGGUCAACAUCAAUUCCUUGCCACUUGGUUAUUUUGCGCCACCGGCAAAAAGCGUACCCAGCAAGGGUGGCAUGGAUCAGCUUCAAUGUAUGUAACUGUUGGUCAGCGGCAUAGACUCUUAGACAGAGAUUUAUCUUCCUAGGAAAUACAUCUAAUAAACUGAUCAAAAUUAUGAGAUUUUUCUUUAUUACAUUUGAAUGAAGAUUGAAGUGUUUGAUAUCAAACCAAAAGGCAUUUAAAAAAGUAACAUAAUGCAGAAUGUAUAACAUUGUUUACGUCUGUGGAAUAUGGUUGCGCUUGUGUGUUGUUACUGUAAUGUGUUUGUUGGUGGCACUGAAGUUUAUCUGCUAUAAAUCGCCAAUGUUUUCACUCAGCCAAUUACUUCUAUAGAAACAGUUUGAACCUCUAUAUUUUCCAACCAAAGAACGAGUGUAGAUUCAAAUGUAAAUAUGAUUUAUUUCGGUUUAUAAGUCAUUGAGAAAUUGGAGAAAUUCGUUUUCUAUUCAUUCACAUUUUUAUGGAGGAAUGUUUUUGCUGACUUGUUAAACAUUGAAAAGUCAACGGUGUGUCAAUUACCAAUAUAAUUUGCAGUUUCAAUAUUUUAUGAAGACAAUAUUGUCAAAAUAACCAUUACAUGUUUUUGUAGAUCCAAAACAAUUGUCACAAUAUUUUUGGGGAGAAUCUUGUAUACCUAUAAAUGAUUACAACCAAUUAUUGGUUUAACAGACAUAGGCCUAUAGCUCUUUGCAUGAUUGUUAAUUUGAAUAACUGCACUUAAAUGUGUUUUAUGAACUCCACAAAAUAAUGUUAAACGAAAUAAAAGUAUUCUGUUUAAUGGUCUAUUUA